ACACACAAAGCCCAACUCCUCUAUCCCUACCACAGCCACAACACCGCACCCAUCAGUUUUCCGGGGUUUUCUUACCUCUCUCUUUCUCUCUAUUCUUUCUCCGUUAAAGCACCAGCCGGAAUUUUUUUUUUCAGAAACCCCAUCCUGGGGUAAAGGUCCCGUCUUGGAUAAAAUUCACAGGUGGGUUUCGCUGAUCAGAAGGCGGGAGGGAGGGAGGGGGUUUGAAGGAGGGUUUUCUUCUUUUAUCUGGAUCGAUCGAGAUGUUGGUGAAGGCGGCGGGUUCGGAUCUUGUCGGAGGUGUUGGCGCCGGCGAUUUCAAGUGGCCGCCAGGGUUCAGGUUCCAUCCGACAGACGAGGAGAUGAUUCUUUAUUACUUGAAGAGGAAGAUCUGUAGGAGGAAGCUGAGGCUUAAUGUCAUCUCUGAACUCGAUGUUUACAAGUGGGAUCCUGAGGAUUUGCCUGGGCUGUCGCUAUUAAAAACCGGAGAUAGGCAGUGGUUCUUCUUCAGUCCUAGAGACCACAAAUACCCUAAUGGAGGAAGAGCAAAUAGAGGAACUGCACAUGGAUACUGGAAAGCCACUGGGAAAGAUCGUGUCAUCACAUGCAAUUCCCGGAAUGUUGGGGUGAAGAAGACCCUAGUUUUCUAUCGAGGUCGUGCUCCUACUGGUGAGCGAACCGAUUGGGUCAUGCACGAGUACACUUUAGAUGAGGAGGAACUCAAGAGAUGUCCUAAUGUCAAGGACUACUACGCACUUUACAAAGUUUACAAGAAAAGUGGACCUGGUCCCAAAAACGGUGAGCAGUAUGGAGCUCCAUUCAGAGAGGAAGACUGGGUAGAUGAUGAGAAAGCUGUCGUCUCUGUUCCAGAAGUUCCUGCUAGCAAGGGAAACAACAAGUUUCAUCUUCCUCCUCCUGUAUGCAAUGAGAAAGCUGUUGUCUCUGUUCCAGAAGUUCCUGCGAGCAAGAGAAACAACAAGUUACCUCUUCCUGUUUGCAAUGAGAAAGCUGUUUGUCCAGUCGAGCCAUCGUCAGAUGAUCUGUUUGACCUAAUUAGGGAUAUUGUCGAGGAACCCAUGCGUGACCCACCACCAGUAGUCACGGAAUCCUGUCCGCUAUUCCAGGUUGAUGCUGAAGGAGGAGCAGAGAGCACAGUGGUCAAUUCGUCGACAAGAGAUUUCACCAUCCCCAAGCUCAUAGAAGCUACUUCUGGAAAUGGUCAGCAGUAUGAGAAUCACUCUGGCCUUGACUUUGAAUGGUCAGAUAUUUCCAAGUUGGAACAGCAUGAGACUCCUGAAGUCACAUCUGCAGCUAACAACCCUGAACAGCUUCUUCUGUUGAGCGAAGGGGAUUUCCUGGAAAUGGAUGAUCUACUUGGGCCAGAACCUUCAGAAUCUAACUCCGGAAAUCCACUGCCAGCUGUUGGUUCCAAUGUGGAGGAGCCUGCUGAGAAUUUGCUGUUUAAUGGUCUUGACGGAUUAUCUUCUUUAGAGCUAUAUCAUGAUGCUGCCAUGUUUCUAAGAGACAUGGGGCCUCUUGGUCAGGAUACAAUGUCACAAUCUCGGGGAGGUAAUGUGGUUGAUGAAGUGGGUUACCAGUAUCAGCAUUCUGCAGUAAACCAGAUAAAUUAUGAAGCACAGCUUCAGUUUGAUUACUCUUGGCAACCCGAAUAUACUAUGAAUGAAGUAGACCAGAGCCUUCAAACACAAUCAUGUAAUGGACUCUACGUCAACAAUAAUCUUCAAGGGAGUGAUCUGAAGACCAAUGGUGAAACGGAUUAUGGAGCUAACUUGCAACAAACUUCAGGUAUGAUUUGUGAUUCUACCGAACAUUAUCCCGGAGUAAAUCAAAAUCAAGCCGGGACUACUAAUAAGGAUGAUACUUCUGGCUGGUUCUCUUCCGGGCUGUGGUCCUUUGUCGACUCAAUACCUUUCGAACCUGCAUCAGCUGCAGAGAAGCCUCUGGUAAAUAAGGCUCUGCUACGGAUGUCAAGCCUACGAAGGUUGCGGAUGAACAUCGUAAACCCUAACUUAGCAGCUGCUCAAGCUGGCAAUGCUGGUGGUGGCACUGCAAAUGUAAGGAAGUCAGGGACGAACAAAGGCCUGGUGGUGUUAUCAUUGUUGGGAAUCUUGAUUGCUGUUCUGUGGGUGUUGAUAGGGAACCUUUGGGGGUUGGGGAUUUCAUUCGCCGAGGAGUUGGAGGGCGAGUGCUUGAGUCUCCUUUUGCAGGUGGGAGUUGUGCCAGGUUCGCGGCUCGAGGCGUUGGAGGUGAUUGGGGUUGUCAUGGAAGCUUUGGGGGGUUUUCUCUCUGGGUUUGAAGGGAUUGAGCGUUCCCUUCAUUAUCUUUUUUCUCAUCAUGUUCUUUCUUCCCUCUCAACUCGCCAGAUCGAACAGUCAUCAGAGAACUGCCGAAUACACAUCAGCGACUAUGACUAUAGUGAGAGUCUCUAUGAAUUCCAGGGGAGAUUCAGCGGUGAGUUCGGUGCCCAAGAUUUGGACGGUCACAGGUGGAAUUGCAUGGGGUUCUAGGUUGAUCAAUGGAUUUGGGAGAUGUAAAGGGUUUGGAAAAAUGAAAAUAGGUUACUCCAUUUGUCUCCCUUUAUAUUUUGUCCAAACCUGAUGCACUUAGAUGCUGGGUCAUAGCUUGAGGUCAGGUCAGGAGUUCUACUUGGAUUUGGAAAAGUUUUGGGGAUGUUCCAACAGAUUUCCAAUUAGAUUUGCAAUGAGCCACCCAAAAGAAUUGCUAAUUAGUGGCUGUUGGGGAUGUUCAGCAGAUUUAGUUUUCGCGUGUAUAAAGCACUACUUUGAUUUUGAUAUAUUGGCAAAGUGAAGAGUAAUCUCAAUUAGUUCGUAGCUAGACUCAUGUGUUAAUUUAUUUAUGAUAAAACCCAAGAGCCGCAAUUGAAACUGUGCUCAUUCUGUGGUAUCUUAUAUACAGGUGUUUGAACAUAGUUUUUGCUUUUAAAAGGUG